CUCUCUCUCUCUCUCUCUCUCUCUCUCUCUCUCUCUCUCUCUCUCUCUCUCUCUCUCUCUCUGAAAAGUCCCGGGAUGAUGAUGGAGCUGGAGCAGGAGGAAGGUCUCGGGAAGGAACCCAAGCGGACUGAGAUGAAGGUGAUGGAGUCGUAGCUACGGCUAUCCUUCUGCCCCGCCCCAUUUUUUCCAUCCCAUCAUGGUGUACGGGGAGAUCCUGCACCGCCGCGGCCCGGACGAGAAUUUCCUCAACCUGAAUGUGGGCGGCUUCAAGCAGAAAGUGUCUCGCUUGGUCCUCCAGCGCUUCCCACACACCCGUCUCGCCCUCCUGCUCCUCUGCAGCUCCGAGGCGGCCAUACUGGAGCUGUGCGACGACUACAGCGCGACGGAGCACGAGUUCUACUUCGACCGCAACCCGCGAUUCUUCCCCUAUGUGCUGAACUUUUACCACACAGGUAAAAUCCACCUGAUGGAGGAGCUGUGUGUGUUCAGCUUCAGCCAGGAGCUCGAAUACUGGGGGAUCAAGGAGCUUCAUCUGGACUCCUGCUGCAGCAACAAGUUCCACGAGCAGAAAGAAGGUGAAAAGGAGCAUGACUGGGACCGGAACGAGGAAGAUCCGCUUCAGGACAGCUUUGAUUCCUCCAUGGAAGAGCUCUCUGAGCUGGAGAAGGACGUGGAGAAGUUUGAAGGCACCUGGUGCUCUGAGAAACGUAAGCAGCUGUGGCUGAGGCUGGAGAACCCGGGACAUUCUCUCACGGCUAAGAUGCUAGCGGUGGUUUCUCUGAGCGUGGUUCUGAUCAGCAUCGUGGCCAUGUGUGUUCACAGCAUGCCCGAGUUCCAACAGGUGGAUGCUAACGAGCGGGCAGUGGAGGACCCAGUUCUAGCCGCCUUCGAGACCUUUUGCGUGCUCUGGUUCACCUUCGAGUUUGUGGUGCGCUUAGCAGUGGCGCCGUGUCUCCGUAAAUUCAUUAGCAAUGCUCUGAACAUCAUCGACUUUGUCUCCGUGGUACCGUUUUAUGCCACACUAGCAUUGGAAAAAGCAGAUGCUGAGGAAAGUGAGGAGCUGGAGAACGUAGGGAAGGUGGUGCAGAUUCUGAGGCUCAUGCGUGUCUUCAGGAUACUGAAGUUAGCACGCCACUCGGUGGGACUCCGGUCUCUCGGCGCGACUUUGCGUCACAGCUACCACGAGGUGGGGCUGCUCGUCCUCUUCCUCUCUGUCGGGAUCUCCAUCUUCUCCGUGCUGGUCUACUUCGCCGAGAGGGAGGAGCACGAGUCGGAGCUCCAGACAAUUCCCAUCGGAUGGUGGUGGGCCACGAUUAGCAUGACCACGGUGGGAUAUGGAGACACCUACCCCGUCACGCUGCCUGGAAAGCUCAUCGGGACACUGUGCAUUGUCUGUGGCCUCCUGGUGGUGGCGCUGCCCGUCACCGUCAUCUUCAACAAGUUCUCCAAGUAUUAUGAGAGACAGAAAGCUCUGGUGGAGGCGGAUCAGUAUGGAAGCAACUUAAAAGUUCCCAUUCCGGGGAUUCCUAUUUUCAGCAUGAACGAUCUUUAUGCUAAUGGUAACGCUAUUAACUCCAUCCUGGACAGUUUGUCCACCAGAAGCAGCACAGGAAGUGACAGAGAUGAUAAGGACAAUCAGGACAGUGAGGCUGAAUCUCCUGCUGCUUCAUGACUGUCCUUUUUUUUAUGAAUUCUUAGUGGUUAGAAAUGAGAAGCAACAUGCUAGUUAUCAUUAUUACCCUGCGUUCACACUAGCCACAGAUGUUUCCUACAAAACAGUGAAAUGCUAAUUGUUCCUGAGUCAACUAACUUUAUUUAUUCAGCAUUAAGUCAACCCCUUUGCAGCAGAACUAAUCUCUGAGUAAAUGUGGGCGGAGCUAGCGUAAAAUACUGGGAAUUUAACAGCACAAAUAAUACAUUAGCAAAAUUAGUCAAGCUAGCAUUAGCUAUCAGUGACAUUAAGGUUACACAAAUAUAUUGUGACUCUACAACCAGCUUCUCCGACACACGUACAUUCUAGCUAGCGUCUUCACCCUGCGAGAUUACGUUCUACAGCUACAACAUUUAACCAUUUUGGCUCCAAAUCCAAGCUAAAAAAAUAUCAAAGCUUAGUUAGCUGUCUUCACUGAGGCUAAAUAAAAAGCGUCAAAAUGUGCCUUGUGUUUAUCGGAAAUGUUUUCCAGGCAUAUAGCUUAAUAAAAUCAGGAGAUUUAUGGACUGCUAUGACAUGUAGCCUGUCAGUGAACCCAGGACCUUAGCCAGCACGCUAGUUCAUUUCAUGAUAAACAUUAUGUUGACAAAUGUAGAAGCUGUGUCCCAAAUCACAUACUUCCUCACUGUUACACUCUGGUGAAUAAAAAAAGUGAGACACUCACGGAUUUGCAUACGUACAGGAAGAUGGGCGGAGCUACCAGACAUUUUCUAGAUAGCUGACAUCACUCUGGUGAUUGAGAAGUCUUAGAAACGUCUCUGUCUUUUGUGUUUGACGUCGUUUUACCAUCGACUGGGAAAUAGCUUCGUUGAAACCGCCAGUGUUCCGUUUGAGACGAUUUGACGCUGCUAUUGUUUUUAUGCUGGAUGCUAGGGUACAUGUAGUGCACAGUAUUAGUGUGCAGUGCCUCAUUUGGGAUGCAGCUUUAGCUUGUUAGCUCAUCUCCUGCUUACCAGUUGUGAAGAAUACCUAUCUGAGUCCAGGGUGAACUGAAACAUUAUCAUCUCCUCCAUGUCGAGUCUUCCAGAAUCAUGUGACUCCACCCCUUCUCUCGAGGCAAGUCUCCAUUCCCAGGGCAAUGAGUUCCUGGAGAUCUGAACUCGUUGCCUGAUAUAUUUUUAGAAGAUCCAGAAGGUCAGAAAGCCAGACAUGUCCACCAGAGCAACCGGGCACCACUUCAGAGGCUUGUGAUGUGAACGCAGGGUUUUACACACACUGGAUUGUCACACAUGCACACACACACACCACACACCACACACACUCACACUCUGUAGUGAGGGAACGUGUGGUGAAACAUUUAUAUUUUCUGCUUUAGUUCUCAGGGCGAGAAAGUUGUCUUCCUGUCUGUCAGCAUGACGUCCGAUCUGUCUGAUUCGAACGUUUCCUGAUGUUCUCAUCCUUCCAGACGUGUGGAAACAGAAACAUACAAACUCUCCUGGUUGGAAGUCUGGAUGGAACGAUUGAGUGAGUGCAUGCGUAUUCCAGACGAUGAGGAGAACGAGGUGAUGGAUUCACGGGUUUGAUGGAAGCAAAAAAAAGCUGCUUAAAUCAUGACCUUGACCUUUGAACUUUUCCGUCUAUGCAAAAACCAGUGGAGUACAAAUGAACCUCUGAUAUGUGCUGAUAUAAUACGAGUCCAGGACAAC